ACCACCGACUGCAUUUCAACAGUCGCUGGCCAAACGUUCAGCAGAAUACACAGCCGACUCCUUCAAAUCUCUCUCACUCUCUCCCUCUCUUUCUCGAUUAAUUACCGUUACCGUUUUUUGUUGCUGUUGUUGUUGUUGUGUCGCCCACUGGCGGGAGUUUGAACUACUGUGCGUCCUCGCAUCAAAUUUUUUUCACCUGUGUGCCGCGUUUGUGCAAAAAGGGCCCAAAAACCCAUCAAAAACCCAAAAGAUAAUCAAGAAGAGACUCUCCGGAACCCCAGACAAAAUCCAAAAUCCAAAAGUCCAAAACCCAAAAGAAAGUAUUCCGAAAAAUCAGUAAACUAUGGCUGGACCAUUCAUAUCGCCGCUGCCCGGCGAUCUGCUCACAGAGUACAUGUUCGGACGGAGGCGGCAGCGACGGAACCGAACCACAUUCACGCCGCAACAGCUGCAGGAGCUGGAGGCCCUCUUCCAGAAGACCCACUAUCCCGAUGUGUUCCUGCGCGAGGAGGUGGCCCUGAGGAUCAGUCUCAGCGAGGCGCGUGUUCAGGUGUGGUUCCAGAAUCGUCGCGCCAAAUGGCGGAAGCAGGCGCGUCUGCAGCUGCUGCAGGAUGCCUGGCGGAUGCGCUGCCUCAGCCUGGGCACGCCUCCCGUCUUGGCCGGUGCAGGAGCGCAGUCAGGAGGUGGCAGCAAUCGUCCGCCGAGCCAAACGGCCGAGAAUCUCUCAGCCGGAAAGGACUCCCAUGCGGGCAGCGACUUAAGCGCCAGCGGGGAUGCGGCCAACUUCACCAUGAUGCAUCCGGCAUUCCAGCAUCAGCAGCAGCAGCAACAGCCGGGGCAGGGACAGGGGCAGGGGCAUCCCCAUAGCCAGGACAAGCUAUCCAAGACCUACACGGAACUGAAGCUGUACAAGGAGCCCGCGCACGGAAUGGAUAUGGGCGGGAUGGCUGCCCUGGCCAGCAACUCCGACGACGGCUCCGAUGGCUCGGACUCCGAGGAGAUCGAUCUCACAUCCGGUGCCUGCAUCGACUUCUCGCAGAGCAGUAAACUCCAACAGCAGCAGCAGCAACAGCAGCAGCAGGGGGCAGGACUGGCUGUGGGGCCAGCGGGGGUGGCGCCAGCCAAUGGCGUGCUCUAGAUACUCAUAAGCAUAUAUACAUAUAUAUAUAUAUAUAUGUAUGUAUAGCAGUGUAUAUAUCGGACAUUUAAUGUGCAUUUUAUCCACUGGUUCACAUCUGUUUCCAUUUUUUGUUCGUUGGUUUUUGUUUUGCAAUAAAAGUGCAGUCUAAAAUAAACCCCAAAAGAUGUACCUAGCUAUAUAUGUAUAAUACUUAUAGUAAGUCGUAUAUCCGUGCCCGGAAACUGAAGUACUACGUACACACGGUUAUGGGUAUAUGGAUCCGGUUUUGCUCGGGAAUCUCGACAAAAGCCUUCCUAAUGGAACGAGAGGCCCAAAUGUGAGUCCAAACUAAUGAUCCCUUUCCUAGGCAGAUAUCCAUGGCCCCAAACAAAGGCAUGUUAGACAUUGCUAACAAUUACAACUAAAUAAAAUUCCUUAAUGCUUUUAAAUCGUUCCAAAGUACACAAAAAAUGAAAGCUUACAGACGAACCACUGCAAUCAAAGAGCCAAAAAUAUAUCAAAAUCAUUUUUUAAAAGGACAAAGUAUUGGUAUUAAGGCCAAAGACUCCAUAAUAGUGGUAUAAGACCAUUCAAAGACUCCAAGCGAACGGCAGCAAUGUUUCCUUUCAACCGUCAGAUCGUAAUGUUGAUACAUAUAACUGCCCCAAGAGAUCCAAGGGAUGCAAGAGUCAAAAGUACUAUUUAUGCACUUUGUGGCUUAUUCUUACGGAUGAGAGUACGACCAAUUGGCAAAUGUGAAGGACGUGAAGGAAUAUUCUCGGAAUAGGCCACGGGAAUCCCACGGGUAUUUCGAACUGAAGUUAUAAGAGAUAAGAUAUAAUACCUAUGAUCUGGUUGAAGAGGUAAGGUUGUAAAUGGUAGGGCUGUUAUAAAAACGUUGUGGCACAUCCCAGGGACAACAAGUCUGAGUAAGAAACUAAAUAGUUUGGCUAAAAAGCUCAAUUCAUAGAGACAUAUGUUCAUGUUCUACUAAAUGGUUAAAAAUCACACCUUUAUAAUAACAUCAAACGCCAGGCAAGGCCGGGAAAGUAAAGACAAGAAACGACUACAGAUUGUAAUGUGAAAGCCGCAGGAAAAGACCAACUAAGACUAGUGAUGAAAUCAAUAGAAAUUGCAAUAGACAUACAUUUUUUUGUUAUGCUCAGGUAGAUGAAAUCCUUAGCAUCCUGUCAAAUCCUGGCAGCCUACAUUCAAAAGCCCCAACAAAUUGGGCUUCGCAAAAGGCACAAGAGACCUGUGCAUUUUUACCUGGGUUUCCAACACAAAAGAAAAUAAUAUUUAUAAAUAGUAAACAACAGUUUUUACGAGAUUUCCCAGCCGAAGUUGACUCCAGAGACCUCUGCGAAUUCUGAUGGAAUUGCACGCUUGCAUGAAGUGAUAAAACGUCUAUAUAUUCAGUAUUACCAUGCCCAACGACUUUUUUUUUGCUUUCUCAGAACCGCCAUUUGCGCGUCGCCAAGGACUGUGUUCAUACUUUAUCAUUGGAAUCUUGGACCGAAAAGUAAGUUUAAUCUGCGCCUCGACAACGGUUGUGUUUAUUGUUGUUGGAUUCUGGGACCGACGCAGCUGCCCAAGGCAUUGACGAAAAGACGAAGCCGUGUGGGCAACGGCUAAAGAUAGCCCAAAAGUAGUACGAUCCCGUACCACGAAGUAUCGGAGGCAACUUUUAAUGGAGUUUUUCCUUGGCAUUUUAUAAAACAAACGUUCAC